AUGGAAAACCGGAGAAACAUCUCAGAAUUCAUUCUUCUAGGACUUUCUUAUGAACAAAACAUACAAAUAUUUUGCUUUGUGCUCUUCUUACUCUGCUAUAUUGCUCUAUUGGCAGGAAAUCUUCUGAUCCUUGUCUCCAUUCGAUGCAGUCCUCUUUUUGGCCAGCCAAUGUACUAUUUCCUCAGUUACUUAUCAUCCAUGGACAUCUGCUACACCUCCACUGUUACACCCAAAUUAAUAGGUGACCUUUUGGUGAAAAGAAAGACCAUUUCCUAUGGUAGCUGCAUGUUGCAGGUCUUUGCCAUGCACUUGUUUGGAAUGAUUGAAGUCUUAAUCCUUGCAGUCAUGGCUUUUGAUCGCUAUGUUGCCAUCUGCAAACCUCUCCAUUACAUGAUUAUCAUGAACAGGACAAGGUGCAAUCUCCUUGUUUUAGGUGCUUGUGUUGGGGGUGCUCUCCAUUCCUUUCCUCAAUUUUCUAUGGUUAUCAGGUUGCCCUUCUGUGGCCCUAAUGAAAUUGAUCACUAUUUUUGUGAUAUUUUUCCUUUGUUAAAAGUUGCAUGCACUAAUACCUAUGUCACUGGUGUCCUUGUGAUUGCCCUUUCAGGCAUAAUUGCCUUAGUUAUCUUUGUUGUCUUAUUUUUUUCUUAUGGCAUUAUAUUAUACACAUUAAGAAAUCAGUCUGCUGAGGGAAGACGCAAAGCCCUCUCCACCUGUUGGUCUCAUAUCACUGUGGUCAUCUUGUUCUUCGCUCCUGUGAUCUUCAUCUACCUUAGACCUCCUACUACUUUCCCCGAGGACAAAAUUUUUGCACUAUUUUACACCAUUGUUGCACCUAUGUUCAAUCCUUUAAUUUAUACCCUGAGAAAUGCAGAGAUGAAAAACACCAUGAGGAACUGGUGUCAAACGUUGAUUUCAAAAGAAAUAAACAAUUAA